AUGACGCGCGAUGACAUCACGGGCCUAAGCGACUGCUCUUAUCAGCAACUCCGAGGAAUCUUCUCAGUUCGCAAGCCAGAAAAACGUACGGGAAGUCCUUCAACAGUUCUGGCAGUGGCGUACCAGUGGUGGCUGAAGAACCUCCUCUUUGUAACUUUCGGGCUUGGGCGCGUCAUACAGCCUAUUGAGAAGUUCCCGUACAAAUGUCGGCGCCUUGAGCACAAGAGCUUGGAUGGAUGUGGAGCCAUGUGGCUAGACGAGAAGUAUCGCGUCCUGUACGCGGCGUGUACAGGAGUGGCAGCGCGGGAUGAGUGGAAUCCUAGCUUAUCGAAGUUCAACUACACUGGACGUCGCUCCAGGAUGAUGGCCAUUUACAUCGACGAGCCGCUCAAGAACGGCCUCUUCAAAAUGCAUCCGAUUCUUCCUACGGAUUACGGCGCCAAACCGGGCGAUGGGAAGCUCGAUAUUGCGGACUUUGAUGUCGAGCUUCUCGAUUACGGCUCAACGCAUCGCUUCUGGCUCGUUAACCAGCGAGCACCAUACGACGCGAACGGAACUAUGCUGGAUGCAAACAAGUAUGGGGCGAAUACCACCGUAGACGUCUACGAGCAUCGCAAAGGCGAUAAAAAGAUGAAAUUCGUUGCCUCCGGUUGGAGCCCGAACAUGCAUUCCGCGAACAGCAUUGCUGUUAUGGGAUCCAACAAUUUCGUCGUCAGCAACGAUCGCUCGUCGCAGCUGGAACUGACGAAGAGGCUGGAUCCUAUCCUUGGCGGCGGGAGCCUCGUAUAUCACGACGACUGGUGGGACAACUACCGCGUGACGAAAGCGAAGCUCCCUGUUCCUGGUGCUUUGGUACGCGGGCUGGACGAUCGUAUAUACGUGCCCUCUCUCGUCGACGACAAGAUCCGCGUCUUUGAGCUGCAAGACCCGGCUGAGUUCAAACAGAAGCAUGCUAUCAGCAUGGCAAUGCCUAUCGCCGGGCUUACCUUGGAUUCGAAGGGCGACUUCUGGGCUGUGGGGAGGAGCAAGUACGACCCAACGGGUCGCUCGAGCACCAAUGCCAUCUUCAAGAUUGAGAAGUUCGAGAAGAAGUUGCCAAUCCGGUUCGUUCCUCGGAAGAUGUUAGAGGAUAAAGAGAAGAAGUUCCUGAGUGGGGUGUCGGUUGCGAGGCAUGAUGUGAAGACAAAACGUCUCUUCUUCGGAGGCUCCCAUAUGCCAUUCAUGUCGGUCUGCGAGCGGCGAUGAUGCUGUUGCUGACCCGCGGGAGCGGAUAGGACAGUAUCUAGCUGAUCUAGUCCGUAUCGAACUUUCCAGGCAGCCGAAACUGGCUCGAUGUUGUGUGUGUAUCCAUGAUGCUGAUGGUUUUGGGAAUUUCGGUUUGCGACAACCUUGUCUGAUUCAGU